UGUAUAUCGUCUUCUUCCCCUUUCACCUCCUCCAAACCUCCUUAGUAACGUAGAGUACCAUUUUCAUUAUGCAUAAAGCCCCACGAUUUAAUUCCACAAUUAAUGGCCAAUCAACUCUUCUGGAAGCUAUGAUUAACAAAAUGGCGAGAACAAUCGGGAAAGCAACUGCAUCUCAGUUUAUCAACAUUGUUGCUCCUGGAUUGGGAGAGUCUAAUUGGGCUGGAGCUGCUUAUAUGAUUGAUAUGAACAGGCUACACUGCUACAGUCAUUCAUGGGUUCAUUCAUCAAAUCGUGUUGCACGAUUACCAGGUUGCUACCGAAAGUUCUACUCCUAUUCUGAUGUUAACCACAAUAUAAACGUAUUAGAGCUUUUCCCUCAGCUCAAUGUCCUCAUCCAUGGUAUUCUUUGACAACGAUGUUAGCUCCUACCAUUGACUACUUAUCCUGCCCAUUGUAUUGAGAAUUCGUCACACGAACAGAUGUAUGAAGAAGGGAGGAAGUUAUCUCCAGCUGGUGAUAACUGACGUUCAACUUAUGGAAAGAGGCUUUCUAAAAUGCUUUCCAGUUCAGUCUAUGUAAUAAAGUAGCUACGCACCAACACUCCAAAAGUUAAGGUAAAACAAGCAAGUAAAGGAAAAACUGGUACGCCUCCUAUCCAUAAUUUUUUUGUUUAAGUUGAGUUAUGUUCCACUAUAAGAAAAUGAACAAUAAUUCUUAUUUUCACUCUAUAAUUUUGUCUACUUUGCUAGGAAUAAGGUCACUUAUUAAAUAUCUUUGAAGACAUAUUACAGGGAGUAAUCUCUUUAUCAAGUAUGUAGUGUUGCAAUACAAAGAAGCCAUGCUACUCUUGAAGAGUGUUUUGAACUGAGUGAACUCAUUUAGAUACGGAGAGGAGGAUAAGAGAGGCACAGUAAAAUACGCAGGACUGUAGAGAGAGCCAGAGAGAUAACAUUGAGUGGUCGAGGGGAGAAACUGCAGAGCAAACAAAGAAGAGAAACACCAUUGGGUCACUGAGUUAUAUUGAGAGGAAAAGAAGGAUUGCUCAUGAGAUGAGUGCAUGAUCAAAAAAAUAUGGAGGAAUAGACGAAUAGAUACUGACUCGAGAGAUUCCGUUUCGUCUUGCAAGGAGAAUGCGUUGAUGCUCAUUAGAGUCUAUAGGAACAUGCAUGUGAGCAGCGAAGUGGUUCAAAUCAGAGAGUCAAAAUCAGAACCGAGAAUUGAAACAAAAGAUGAUGGAAUUUAAGAGGAAACAAAAUAAUAAGACACAUCAAAUAGAACAGUGAAAUAAUUGCUUUGGAUGCAGGAAACUGAUUUGUUGUGAAGAAUUUACAAAUGACCUUUUUUAAACUAAUCACUUUAUUACAAUCAUGUAUUUUUAAGUAUUUUUUGGGACUCAUUCCUUAACCCUAAAUGGGAAGUUGCUAG